CGUGGGCCUGCAACGCGUGCAGUCCUUUGCUUCGCUCCUCCACCCACUCAGCCACUUGCUCCAUGUCCGCCCCGACCGAGAACGCCGCCUUCGAGGCGGCAACGCCCGAUGAACUCGCCGUGUUCCAAGCGCUCUCUGAGCGCGAGAAGAUGGUCCAGGGCCUUGCAUACCUGGCGCUCGAGGACAAGGGCCUCACGAAGGACCGACUUAGGGCCCGUACGCUGUGCCAGCAAUACAACACGCACCCGUUCACCGAGUGGCGCGACGACCUCCAACUCGCGGAAUUCUACGGCCCCGACUCUCGCCUGCAGAACCUCGCCGACCUCUUUCGACUGCCGCUCGCCGAGGUCGGCAGGAUCGGCAUCGAGCCGCCGCUGUACGUCGACUACGGGUACAACAUCGAGUUCAAGGGAGACUUCUACGCCAACUUUGGCUGCGUCUUCCUCGACUGCGCCAAGAUCUCGUUCGGCAAGGGCGUCCUCCUCGGUCCGGCCGUCCACAUCUACUGCGCGACGCACUCGAUCCUCGUCGACGAGCGGGUCGCAGGCUACGAGCGGGCCUACCCUGUCGAGAUUGGCGACAACACCUGGAUCGGUGGCGGCGUCAAGAUCAUCGGCCCUGCCAAAAUCGGUGCCAACUGCACCAUCGCCGCCGGCAGCGUCGUCAAGGGCGACUUUCCCGACAACGUCGUCAUCGGCGGCAUGCCUGCUCGCGUCCUCAAGUACCUCGACGAGCCGACGGGCCCGAUUGAUCCGACCAACCGCCGCCUCGUGGUCCCUCUUCCUGGCGCCAAAAGCGCAGCCAAGAACGACAAGGUCGGGUUCUAGCUGUAGCAGGAGCUCUGAGGGAGUGCAAUAGACACUGUGAGCCGGUCGAGACGC